AUGGAACCAUUCACUUUCGCCAUUAUCGCAGCAGCAGCUACGUUCACUACAGGAGCGUUGCUUCAUGAAAUUCAAUCGAAUUUAGUUUAUCCAGCGAAACAUAGGAAAGAAGCUCAUCAUGGAGUGGCUCCUCUGAUUUCGGAAGACGGAAUUCCAUUCAGGGAAGCUACAUUGAUAACCGAUGACAAUGUUAAAAUUCGAACAUAUGUUUGCAAACCUAUUAAUGAGGAAGAAGCUCGAAAAAGACCAACAAUAUUAGUUUUGCAUGGAAAUCGUGGAAAUACAGGUUAUCAAUCUAAAGCCAUUUCUAAAUUUUACCAUGAAUUAAAAUGCAAUGUUGUUUUACCUUCUUACAGAGGAUACGAUCGUAGCGAAGGUAAAUCUACUGAAGCAGGCAUCAAGAUUGAUGCACAGACCUUCUUAGACUACAUAAAAAAACAUACCGUGCUAAGGGACACGAAACUAAUCGUUUAUGGACGGUCACUAGGUGGAGCAGUGGGUAUUGAUUUGGUUUCAAAGAAUGAAGACAAGAUUGAUGCCUUGAUAGUAGAAAACACAUUUCUUAGUAUUCCUAAGCUUCUUCCGACGUAUUUUUAUCCAAUUCGUUACCUUACCGUUUUCUGUACCCAAAUAUGGUCAUCGGAACUGUCAAUAUGUGAAAUCAAGCAAACUCCAAUCUUAUUUCUUUCAAGUUGUUGCGACAAAGUAGUACCGCAAGAACAUAUGAAAACUUUAUACGAAUUGGCUACAACAAAAGGAAUCAAACAAUGGUUGGAAUUUCCAAAUGGCAAACAUGCUAAUGCUUUCCAUCAACCUGGAUUCUUUGAAACUAUUGAAGAAUUUUUGUCGAAGACUAUUAAAAAUACAUGA